GUUUACCUCAGAACCAAAGAGGUGACUUUAUACCAAGAAUUAAUCUCCCAUCUUUUCCUACCUUUGCCCCAGAGUUCCCCCCCCAAUUGGAAGACCCUGAGUUCCCCAGCCUUGAAUUCACCAUGACCCCUCUUUUCCCUCCCCUACCAGAGGCUGUGGUCAGCAGUGGACGAGUGGAAAAGUCCCCACACGAACAGGAGAUUAAAUUCUUUGCCAAGAUCCUGCUCCCUUUGAUCAACCAGUACUUCACCAACCACUGCCUCUAUUUCCUGUCCACACCAGCCAAAGUGCUGGGCAGUGGCGGCCAUGCCUCCAACAAGGAGAAGGAAAUGAUCACCAGCCUCUUCUGCAAGCUUGCUGCUCUUGUCCGUCACCGAGUUUCUCUCUUUGGCACAGAUGCUCCAGCUGUGGUCAACUGUCUUCACAUCCUAGCCCGCUCCCUGGAUGCCAGGACGGUGAUGAAGUCAGGCCCUGAGAUCGUGAAGGCUGGCCUCCGCUCCUUCUUCGAGAGCGCAUCAGAGGACAUUGAGAAGAUGGUGGAGAACCUGCGCCUAGGCAAGGUGUCCCAGGCACGAACACAGGUGAAGGGCGUGGGCCAGAACCUCACCUACACCACCGUGGCCCUGCUGCCUGUCCUCACCACGCUCUUCCAGCACAUCGCCCAGCACCAGUUCGGAGACGAUGUCAUCCUGGAUGACGUCCAGGUCUCUUGCUACCGAACGCUGUGCAGUAUCUACUCCCUGGGAACCACCAAGAAUGCUUACGUGGAAAAGUAAGGAGAGAGAGCCACAGUUGGGGGCUG